AGCUGGUGUUGGGCUUGAGGGUUGUGGCUGAGUGUGUGUAGGUGACAGCCUUGGCAGAUAGACAAUGGCUUCAGGGUAUUCCCGUCUGAACGGCGAGCAAGGUGGUGGGGGCUCACAACGCUCGUAUGGAACCACUAAUCCAACCGUGGGAUUUGCUCCUGCAGCAAAUUCAGGAACGGAAUUCUUUCAGUUAUGUGACAAGAUUACGACACACCUCUUCACAAUCAACAAUGCCACCAGUACGUUGGAGCGAUCACUGAAGCAAGUAGGGACGGCCUCCGACAGCCAGCAGCUACGAGACAGAAUCACACAGAUCAACAGCAGUGCAGGAGCAUCAGUACAGGAGACGACUGGAUUGCUGCGGACGCUUCAACCUCUGACACACGGCGACAAACAGAGGCGCAUCCAGGCAGAGCGAUUACAUAAUGAGUUCCAAGCAACUGCAUCACGUUUUGCCGAAGCUCAAAAGAAAGUUGUAAGUACACUGAGGACUGCCCGGUUACCAGCAGAUAUGGUAGCAGUAGAACAAGACACCACUUCAGCUUCCACUGAUGUCAUGAUUGCAUCAGAACAAAAGAAACACCAACAAAUGAAAGAAAUUCAGGAUUUGGAGUUUGAAUCAGCAAUGCAUCUGGAGAGGGAGCAGAGAGUACGUCAGCUGGAAUCAGACAUAAUUGACAUCAAUGAAGUUAUGCGUGACCUUUCCUCUAUGGUUACUGCUCAAGGCGAGAUUGUGGAUUCCAUAGAAGACAAUGUGGAGAGUACCCAUGGCCAUGUAGAGGAGGGCCGAGAUGAGUUGUUGAAGGCUGCGCGCUACCAGAAUAAAAGUCGGCGUCGCUUGUGCAUCUGCAUCAUUAUCCUAGGCAUUGUGCUGGCCAUCAUUACCAUUAUCAUUGUGCUUCACUUUACUAAUCAGAAAUAAGUACCGUAACUGACUUAAGGUAUGUCAACUGGAAUGGUUCUUUACUGUAGCAAAAUCCUCUUAUAUUUUUAGUAUUAUUAUAUGCAUUCCUUUUAUAAUUCUCAAGUUUUAUCUUUAUAUCGUAUGUGGAAACUGCUGUUGGUGGUUCAGUGCCCAAAGAUAAUAGAUUUAUGUAAUUUCUAGUCAAGAGAUCACUGGACUCUACCUGUACAUACAUUUGAUGGGUGGUAGUUAUGAGCAUCUUUACAUCACUCAAAGAUGAAUUAUUAUGUGGGUUCAUUUAUAAUACAGUAUAUGGCUUAAUUAAAGUUCAAUAGUAUGUGGUUCCAAUUUUUUGGGCCGAGUGUAUUGAAUACUCCCAAGUUUAAUAUGUUUUUGAAAGUCAAGAUGUAUGUUUGUGUGACUCUGGCAUUGUUUAAUGGGUAUGUAUGUGGAUGUUGCUCUCAGGAAUACUGUAAGGGGUGUUUCAGUUCCCAAUUGAUUGAACCAUUCAUAGAAAACAGGCUUGUUACACCUGAAAUAUGCUCUAGGAUGCUAUGGGAUGCAUAACCUUAAAGGCUGGAGGAUGGCACAAAAUGGGAAGAAAAAUAAUCAACCAAGAAUGAACUGCGUAAAUUGAACAUUUCUGUUUAUCUAGUAGUGGUAAUUUUGGUGAAUUAUAAGAAAAGAGAAAUGUAAUUUUUUUAGUGACAUCCAAUAAGGGAGACACAAGUCCCCUUCCUCCUCCCCCUAGUAAAAUCUGUCAUUAUCAUUUGUCUUUUACUGACAGGAAGGUUUAUUUUUGUCACUUCAUUAGAACAGUUUUAAUAUUACCCCCCAAAAAACAGUUUUGUGUGUUGAAAAAUUAUUGAAGGUAAAAGCCCACAUAUAAGAUUAUUAGCUCCUGCAGUCACUGUGAUGCUCCCAACUAUUCCUUACUUACAGUUUUUCUUUUAUAUAUACCAGCUUGAUCAUAUUAUAUAUUAGCACACUGAGGAAUUUGCUGAACACAGUAUAUAUCAUUUCAUUAUUUUUGCUUAUGAUGUAUUUGCUGUAAUUUGCAUAAUUUGUUAUUAUGUAUACUGUACUGUAUAUAUAACUCAAUUUAAUAUACGUUUUGCUUUGUUUUUC